GCAUUUAGGGUCGGCUUACCAAGUUGAAUUUUGGUUGAAGAAAAAAAAGCCAUUUCUUUUCCAUGAAGGUUUCUUGGAAAUGUCUCUUGUUUUCACCGGAGGAAGAAACAUGUCUAAGAAAGCCAUCUGAGCUUAUCCCAUUUUUUGGAGACUAAUAAUGCGGGGCAUCUGAUAUCGAACCUCAACCGCGAAUCAUAAUGCACCAUGCAGAUGAACUCCUCCACAAAAAAGGCUGUUUAACAUAUCACCAUAAAAAUCACGUCGAACAAACGACGUCUAAAUAUGAUGUUGAUGACUCGAAAUAGUCAGUGGGAUGAAAAGAUGGAGUUCAAUAUGGGAGAUAAGGUUACAAGACGGCGAACCAUUCGUACGGGAUUUGGACUAGUACUGAAAACGGGGAAUAUUGGAAGGAUCAGUACUCGAAUAUGCAAGUCAGAUAUCCGCAGACGCACCUCUCUUGACUCUUGACUCUCCGUCCAACCCCCCUUAUCCCACUCCAAGUUUCUAAACCCUGAACUCAAUCUUUGGCUGCACGCUAAAGUGAAGGCUAAAGUAGAGCCCAAGGCGGGGAAUGGAUCUAGGAGCUCGAUAAGUUAUCUAAGUAGAAUGUUUUUCUCUCUACCCUCGAGCUAUAAAAAACGGUUCCCCUUAGUUUUUCGCACACUGAUGUGGAAUGAGGGAAGUAAUUGUUUUUUUAAUAUAGUACAGGAGGAAUUCUGUACUCUUUCAUUCUCACAACCAAACAUUUCAACUCCAAUACUCAAUAAUCUGUAUACGAAAAACAAGUACAUGUUGCGCACUCCUAUCUGAUCAAUACAAUCAAAAGUCAGUCAAUACCGCCAUUCAUGAGUAUUGUGCGCAUUGUUACAAUUCACCCAAUUCACUAUCUACCAAUAGUUCAGUAAGUUCUCAUUUCAAAUCAUUGCGCAAUGCUUACUUGGGAAAUUGUGCACUAUUGCGCAAUGUUCUUCCUUUGGUGCUGGAUAUUCUGUUAUAAAUUCAUGAGAGAUAUGAUUCUGACCCAAUUGCACAGCUUCCCAUCUCGAAAAUGGCGAUAAAUCAAGAAUCUCCCGUCAUGUCUUCAGAAAACAACUCAAAAAUCGAUGUCAACGACAAAUCUAGGCAAGAAUAUAGCAGCGAAGAUCAAGCUCCUAGAUCCGAAUUCAAGAAACUCAGUUGGCGCAGUACAUGGGGAUUUGGUCCUGUAAAAAUUGGUCCAAGAAUUGGUCCAGUUUUGCCACAUCUUCGUAUGGAUGCCGACGCAUCAAGUAUCAGCAGUGAUAGUGGAAAUGAACUUUUGAACAAGCAGAUUCAAGCCGAGGAGGGUUCUGCGAUCAAAUAUCGUAGCUGCAGUUGGCAAAAGGUCAUACGCAACAUUCUUAUUCUUCGUAUGACUGCUAACGCACAAUAGACUGCUGCUCUUCUAUUUUCAGAAUAUAUCUGUUUGGCAAUGAUGUCAUUUCCAUGGUCUUACUCAAUUUUAGGACUCGUACCAGGUCUUAUUUUAACUGCUGUUGUUGCAUUCUUGGUCUUAUAUACAUCUCUCGUUUUGUGGGAAUUUUGUUUGCGCCAUCCUGAACUUAGAGAUGUUUGUGAUGUUGGACAAAUGCUCUUUGGUGGAAGAUGGGCAUGGCAUGCUACUGCUGUCAUGUUUCUUUUGAACAAUACCUUUAUUCAGGUAUGAAUUGUCACAUUCACUUUUUUACAACUACUAAUUAAAUCAGGGACUUCAUGUUUUGACAACUGCAAAAUACUUGAAUACCGUCACCAAUCACAGUCAAUGUACAAUAGUGUUCGCCGUUAUUGCCGCUGUCAUUUGUUGGGUUUGUUCUGUCCCAAGGACUUUCAGUGCUUUAUCCUGGUUAGCAACCUUGUCUGCAGUCUUCACCUUCAUCUCCGUUAUGCUCGCCACUAUCUUCGCUGGAAUUGAAGGUCACCCUCUCGGUUACAAUCCCGAUCCUACGUCCAUCAUCCCAGCCACAGGUCUAUUUGGAGGAGCCCCAAUUGUUACCGCGAUACCAGUCAAAGGUGUAACAUUCGUAAACGGUUUCAACGCGUUCCUCAACAUCUCCUACACAUUCAUCGGACAAAUCACCAUCCCUUCUUUCAUGUCUGAGAUGAAAAAUCCCGCCGAUUUCCCUAAAGCUCUUUGGGCUGUUACCAUCGCCGAAGUCAUUGUAUUCAGUUUAGUCGGUGCAAUAAUCUACGCCUUUACCGGAAACCAAUACAUGACAGCUCCAGCCUUUGGAUCCUUAGGAAAGAAACUCUACGUCGAUAUAUCCUUCUCCUUCAUGGUCCCAACCCUCAUUUUCCUCGGCGUCCUCUACGCUUCCGUCUCCGGCCGCUUUAUCCUCCUCCGCGUCUUCCACAACAACAAACGUCAUCUCACCGACCACACACUCACCGGUUGGUCCGUCUGGAUUCUCAUACUAGCCAUAACCUGGAUCGGGGCCUUCAUCAUCGCCGAAGUGAUACCCUUCUUUUCCGAUCUCCUCUCCCUGAUGUCAUCCCUCUUCGAUUCCUUUUUCGGAUUCAUCUUCUGGGGCGUAGCAUAUAUUAGAAUGCGACGCGUAGAUUACGGAGAAGGUUGGGUGCACAAGACAAGUAAAGUAGGUUUGGGUUUUAAUAUCUUGAUUAUUCUUAUCGGUUUGUUGUUCCUGAGUGCGGGUACUUAUACGAGUGUCCAGAGUAUUGUGGAUGGGUAUAAUAAUGGGAGUUUUGGCGGUGCGUUUACGUGUGCUAGUAAUGGGAUUUAGUGAAUAGUUGAGUAGAAUAGAGUAUAUGGGAUUGAAUGUGGUAUAGAGAAGUGAGUAGAUUGAGGUAAUUGAGGUUUGAUUCGAUUCGAUCCGUGGAUUCUUUGCCUCCCUAGUUAAUUUUUUAUGUACUGGGAUAUCGGGAAAUAUAAUAGUACAGAGUAUAUAUAAUUCAUGACGUGA